UCGUCUCCGUUGAGCAGGUUGUGGUGCAUUUUCGCGCGUUUUUAUUUACAUCUGUGUUAGGGUGGACUGUUUCUGUUUGAGCAAUGUUUGAUGACUGUAUUUGACGCGGCACAUUUAUCAGUAUGGAAAAAUUCAUCACUUCUUAUUUCUUCCCGCUGAAAAAUUGUCCAUUUUUGCCGAUCGAACGGCGCAUGGGCUGUGGGCGCUCCGAUUCCAGCAAGACUCGAGAUUUCUCGCAUCACUUCCGUACGUGUUUUAUCAUUCCAGUUGCACGGCGUCUUCUGCCAGAGGUUGACGCUAGUCACAACAGUACCGUGAGUGGUGAGCAUUUUUCAAUUAUUCAUUUAUUUUUGAGGGGAAAGUGAUGAUGAGACGUUCCGCUGUGCGCCAUGUAAAGUGACACCCAGUGGCUUCCGAGGGCCAAACUUCCAGUUUCCAACUUGGGAUCAAAUGAUUCCAAUAUUGGUCUCACCAACAGAGUCGAGUGAAAACAUGCCUAUGUUCUGUGAGCGUAAUACCCUCGUCCCCAUCGCAUUCAUCCGCACGGAAUAAGAAUUCUGCCUUUUCGGCCCAAAUGGUAGUAGUAAGCGGCAUGCCAUUUGCGCUUGGAUCCGACAGCUAAAGGGGGACCUGACUAUAAAUUGGAAUCACCAAACGUAUUCAGAAACAGCAUCAACUCAUGGACUACUUCUUUCUGCUACGACAAUUUCCAUGAAAGAGAGUCAGACACUUUUCAGUUCCAGAGUUUCAUUACACGGAGGACGGCCUUCUAGUGCUCUGCUUCUGAACCAUCGAUAUUACGUGUUUGUGAUCGACAGUGAUGCACAAUGUAACGAUGAAGCCAGUGCGAAUCAACGACAAUGGCGCCUUUUCUGCCACGAAGUUAUUACUACUUUUCAUCUGCGCCUCGAUCACACUCCAGUGCUUCUCGGUCGGUAUGCUGGGAUCGGUCAGUGCCGCCUCUAUUCCUUGGACGUCAGCCGGCCCCGGUCGAGUGGUAAGGACCAAACAUGGGAACUUGCGUGGAUUGACACUUCCGGGUGGUGCUGCUCAACCACAACCAACAACUGCUUCACCAGGAGGACAUCGUAAAUCCGUCGGCGGAAGCAACAACAAGAACGUGGAGGCGUUCCUGGGAAUUCCUUACGCUGCUCCGCCAGUUGGUUCUCUGCGCUUCCUACCGCCAGCGAGUCCUGGCCCAUGGACGGGCAUUCGAUCAGCAAACGCUCUAUCGCCAGCUUGUCCCCAGCAGCUGCCACCCUUGGCCAACAGAACGGCCAGUUUGGAGACGAUGCCUCGAGCUCGCUAUUACCAACUCAAGAGGAUGCAGUUACUGCUGGCCAAUCAGAGCGAAGAUUGCCUCUACCUCAACGUUUACGCCCCAUCUGAAGGAUUUGCUGGUGGUGGAUCGACUUCGCUUGCGUCAUCGCCCGUCAUGGUCCUCGUUCACGGCGAGUCCUACUCCUGGGGUGCCGGGCACUUGAUGGAUGGCGCAAUGUUGGCCGGAAAAAGUCGCAUGGUCGUUGUCACCCUCAACUACCGUCUUGGCAUUUUAGGAUUCCUACAGACGGCAGCCAGUCCGACUCCCGGUCAAGUCCGCGGCAAAAGCAAAAGUGCCAUCCCGACGCAAGGCAAUUACGGCUUAUUGGAUAUAGUGGCGGCUGUGCUGUGGCUGAAGGACAACAUCGGCGUCUUUGGCGGCGACUCGAGUCGCAUCACGUUGAGUGGCCACGGAACGGGCGCUGCCCUCGUCAAUCUUCUCAUGAUCUCGCCCAUUGCAGCCGGACUGUUCCAGCGGGUUGUGCUGAUGUCCGGCUCGGCGUUGAGUCCGUGGGCUUUGAAUCAUCAGGCCGGCAAGUUGAAAGCAGAAGUGGCCCGCCAGAUGGACUGCGAGCCGUUUGCCGGAUCGGAUGGAGCCGCAAGUGCUGAGCAGAUGAGUUUGGCCGACAUUGGCGACUGCCUACGAAAGAAACCACUCGAAUCCCUCAUGGCCGUCCGCCUUCCGGCGCCUCCGCGAUUCUUCGCAAGUUUCGCGCCUUUCGUCGAUGGCGCCGGGAUCGUCGCCAUCGAUCCCCUUCGCGCCAUGCAAUCGGCGAGUGAGGAUUUCGCUCGCAUCCCACUCGUUGCCGGAGUCACUUCCAUCGAGAGCUAUCGCUACACUGGGGAUGCGGAUUUGCGCAACGGGAUCAGUGAAGACAAACGGGAUCGGUCGCUGCGCACUCUGAUCCGCAACUUUUACCAGUACCAUCUCAAUGAAAUCUUUUACGUCUUGCGGAACGAGUACACGGAUUGGGAUCGUCCGUCGGCGCUGGACGACUUGUCGAUGCGCGACAGCCUGUCGUUGGCACUGAGCGACGCCCUGGUGGUGGCCCCACUCAUGCACGUCGUUCACCUGCACGCCCAGCGAUCGACAAACCCGUCGGGGACCUUUUUCUACCACUUCCAGGGGCAAAUGUUGGCCAGCGUCAUCCAACAGCAGGUCCAAGACGUCGACCUUUCCGAGUAUCACCGUCUAGGAAGCGUGACGGGUGACGAACUGGAAGCGCUGCAAUUGGACGCCACAGCCAACGGAGCUUCUUGGUCAUCGGCCGACGGUAAUAACCACGAAGCAGCGAGCAGCGCCGGUUACACGGUCAUCAAUGUGACGGAAACCACAAGAGAACCGACAACGUCAGGCACUCAGCUCCUCCCAUUUCUGGCGUCUUUUGCUAGCACUGGGGAUCCUAAUUUGGAGAUCGGAAGCAAAGGAGAGCUGAUGCCGCGAUCCAAACUCCGAUGGGAGCCAUUCAAUUUACAUUCGCAGUACUACAUGGUCUUUGGAAAACAACAGCACGCCCAUUUGAAGACUCACUACCGGGGUCACCAGAUUGCCGUGUGGCUGCAACUGAUUCCGUCAUUGCAUCAGACAAGUGGCGAUGGAACCGGAACUCAUCCGUCCAUUCAUCACACAUUCGAUCAGCAUAACACUCCAGCCGACCAAUUCUACGAAGGAGUCGUUCGGUUGUCCGGCAACAACAUUACUAGGACGAUUGGACGGUCCCGGGAUUCCCCGCUGACGUCGGACGCGGAUCCAGUUGCCACCAGCGCAACAGUGGUCGAGUGUAGCAGUUCCGUCAACGGUCACAAGCGAAGUGGUCACAAUCAGACGCUUAACGGCACAUCACCAGGAACGGGGGAUUGGACAAUAGUGAAUCCAAGUGUAAUGGCGUCGGAGACGGGCUCUUCUUCUUCCACUGUCCCGUCGCCGGGGAAUAAUAACAACAGCACAUCUGUCAGCAGCGUUGCUGGAGGAGAAAGUCGGCUGGUGUUGGGUUUCUUUUGGACCAACCAGGCGACGCUGAGCAUCAUCUUGGUGCUGGGAAAUAUUUUGCUGAUUGUUAACUUAAUUCUCUUCGUCACCAUCUAUCGUCGCAGUCGGUGCGGCAAUUGCAAACGAAACGGCGACGACAACGACGUAGACACAGAAAAUACCAUCCAAAGGAUAUCGGACGGCCAGUUGGAGGGUCGAGUUGCGAGGCAAUCGAUUGAAUCGAUGACCGAUUUGCGCCAGUUGGUCAUCAGCCAUUGCCACCAGCAUCCGCGUAAUCAUCCGGAUAUCACGUCACAAGCACUCGGUCAACAACAUCCUCCUCCUCCUCCGCAACAACCGCUUUUCGCCAGUGGGGUCGUUUCGUCUGACUUGACGACCAGCACCAGGUUGCCGUCUCCUCAACCUUUUCUGCUCAGAGUUCCAUCACCUCAUCAUCAGUUCUUGUUGGACGAGAGCAAUAAAAGCGCAACUUUACCCGGCAACAGAAGAGCAGGUGGGCGAGACCCGCCAGAUUCUUCAGCGACUUAUCAGCAAGCGAGUGCCAAAUCAAUUCAAGAGAUUAACGUGUAAUUAAUCAAUUCUGUGGAGGUAUCAGUAAGACUUUGAUUGUUUGAGCCUGCUAAAUGAUCGACAUACGUUGUAAACUGUUUCACUCCUACCGUGUUCCACUAAAAAUUGUGAUACAGUUCCCGAAUUUGUAGAAAUUCAAUUUCGUUGACUUUGGAAUUGUCUGUGUACAAAUAACUUCGUCCUCAAUUACAGUUCGCCAUCUCACAUCA